CUUUUACCUUUCUCCUUUUUGUGUUAACCGCUCAACCUAAACUCGGACAACUCAAUAUGCAGGUCAUGCACGCCGCGCCAAGAUUUCUCGACGCAUAAAGUCAUAAAACCAUCUACAGAAAGAGACUACCUAUCUACCAGGCAAUAUAUUAUUAUUAUUAUUUUCUACCUCGCACCCUGAUCGCUACAUAUAGCGGUACUUAUCCCCAACCUCAUCGUCUGACUCGACACCGACUCUUUCGUCCAAUCCACCUCGUACGUUCGCUGUCCCCUUGCCAAAUAAUUCACAAAUCCCUGCCCGCGCGCGUGAGCUGUCUUCUACUCUGAUCAAGUGCCCUGUCUGUCUGUCCUGCUUGUCUGACCAUCUAAGAAAAAAAACCUAGCCAUCCGCCGGGGCGCUACUUUGAAAAGAUGCAGGCCCCCCCUGAAGAUGCAUUUUUGUAUAUAUCGCCAAUUGGAUAUAGAAGUUCAUCUAGCUGCGGCUACUGCCAUCGUAAGGGUAAUAAUGAUCGGUCGCAGAAAAGCCACUCCUAUUUUGCACGUGCAACAUCUAUGAGCCCUGCCAACUAUCAGACUCUGGUCGACCGGUGUUGGAGGCGAUCCGGGGCGCUGCUCUACAGGCCAAAUCAACGAGAUGCUUGUUGUCCGCAUUAUUCUAUUCGCCUCGAUUCCGCCCGUUUUCGGACGACGAGAGAUCAACGGCAAGCCGUCAACCGCUUCAAUAAGUACGUCGUAGGAGAUGCUUACUCAAAGGAAGCAGCUCGCUUACAUCCGAAGUCGCGCGAGCAGGCUCGGAAGCGAGAUACCGAGUUUGACUUAGUAGAGAGGAUCCAUGAAUGCGAGAGCCUGUUGCUAGAACGCCCCCCCGAGCCAGCUCACGCCUUUUCCGUUACGCUAGAGCCUGAUGAUUUUACCGAGGAGAAAUUUCUGGUUUAUGAAAACUAUCAACAGGUUGUUCACCAAGAAUCUCCAUCAUCUAUCUCUCGCGACGGCUUUAAGAGAUUUCUCUGCACUUCGCCGUUGAGGCGCGGGAAGUAUACAGCGCCAGACGGACGAGAACGUCAAGUCGGUUCAUUUCAUCAGUGCUACAGGCUCGACGGUAAGUUAGUAGCGAUAGGAGUCCUAGACCUUCUUCCAGACUGUGUUAGCGGUGUCUACUUUUUAUACCAUGAGUCUAUUCACAGGUUUAGUCCUGGGAAGCUUGGGGCUUUACGGGAGAUUGCCCUCGCAAUAAAAGAAGGUUAUCGAUGGUGGUAUGCUGGCUUUUAUAUACACACAUGCCCGAAGAUGAAAUACAAGAUCGACUUCUCCCCGCAACAAAUCCUCAACCCAGACACGUUAGAAUGGGUAGACCUUGAACAGAGUAUCCUCAGAAAGUUCGACAGCCAUGGGUACUUAGACUUCGAAAGAUCCGAGAAAGAUGCUGAAAAGCAUGCCCAAGCUACAGAGGUCACUCUGCCGAUGGAAAUCGAAGAAGAUGGAUAUGAGAUGCUACACGAGGACGAUGAUGAAGAAGAAGAAGAUGAAGACCACCCCCUCUUCAGCAGUAAUAUGCCAGGGAUCCCAUCAGUGGAUGAAAUGAACUCGAUAGACUUGGAUCAUAUUGCAGUACGCCUUAGGCGAGGAUAUUUCUAUGCUGGUGAUCUAUUCGAAUGGCACAACGAAAGUAUCGACAAAAAGGGAUCAGCGAAAGCAAUGGUUGCAGAAUUAGUAGCAGCGGUCGGUCCGGACUACAUACACGAUUUGUGCUUGGACUUUCGAAAAUCCUAAAAGCCUAGGAGGCCUCGGUUUUCGUGCUUACUAUCGAGCUUGGGCGAGGAAUACAAGGCUUUCACUGAGGAUGCUACUCGAGAGAGUAAGACGCAAGGUUACGAAUACAAGAUAGGUUCACAUGAACAUAUUUCACAGCCUAGAUUCGAUCUACAGCUAUAGUAACAUAGAAAGGCGACUGGCUUUGUUAAAAUUGAUAAUAGAUGCAGGUAAACACCCUUCUACCUUGGGCCUGACUUAUAGUGAAU